AAAAUGACUCGAAUGCUUCAAGAAAUGUGUUAUUAUUUGAUGCAUUAUCAACCGUUAUUCCAAGUAUUUUAUUGGUAAUACCGAAAUCUUCACAAAUACUAAUCAAAGCACUUGCUAUAUUUACUCUGGUGUGGGAUCCUUCAAAAGGUGCCAAAUCAA